AACUGGGGGUUGGACCGCUCCGAGCGAUACAGAGCAAAAGAGUUUUAAAUGUCCGCCAUGUUGUCCAUGGCGCACUGAACCAACGAUAGGGAGCGGAGCGUCGGAAAAAAACAGUCCGAGAGAGAGCUAUCAAGAUCCGGGCCUUCACCCGGCUCCGCUGGCGACGCCCUAAAUACAACCUACAACCAUUCGAACGUUAGAAUAGAGAUCAACCGCACAGAAACAUCCAUGAAAGCUCCACUCGGUACCGUUGUGAAUAUUAGGAGAUCGGAUAGAUUUAUAUUGCAUCUCGAAUUGUGAAAAAUGAGUAAAUUGUCGUUUCGGGCACGGGCGCUGGACGCUUCCAAGCCACUACCCGUCUUCCGUUGUGAGGAUUUACCCGACCUACACGAAUAUGCAUCAAUUAACCGGGCAGUGCCGCAGAUGCCAACGGGGAUGGAGAAAGAAGAGGAAUCGGAACAUCAUCUCCAGCGGGCCAUCUCAGCGCAGCAGGUCUAUGGCGAGAAGCGGGAUAACAUGGUCAUCCCGGUUCCUGAGGCAGAGAGCAACAUCACCUACUAUGACUCCCUCUACCCUGGGGACUACAAGAUGCCAAAGCAGCUAAUUCACAUACAGCCUUUCAGCUUGGACACAGAGCAGCCAGACUACGACCUGGACUCAGAAGAUGAGGCGUUCAUCAACAAGCUGAAAAAAAAGAUGGAGAUCAGCUGCCUGCAGUUUGAAGAGAUGAUUGACCGCUUGGAGAAAGGCAGCGGACAGCAGCUCGUGAGUCUUCCCGAAGCCAAACUGCUGCUGAAGGAGGACGAUGAGCUCAUCAAGGAGGUUUUCGACUUCUGGAGCCGCAAAAGGAAAAACAGCAAAGCAAACUGUCUCAUCCCCAGCGUCAAGCAGGAGAAGCGAGACGGCUCCAGCACCGGUGACCCCUACGUGGCCUUCCGGCGGCGCACCGAGAAGAUGCAGACAAGGAAGAACCGUAAGAACGAUGAGGCGUCCUACGAGAAGAUGCUGAAGCUUCGCAGGGAUCUGAGCCGAGCUGUCACCAUCCUGGAAAUGAUUAAGAGGAGGGAGAAGAGCAAGAGAGAGCUGCUGCACCUCACAUUGGAGAUUUUUGAAAAGAGAAAUGUCAUGUCAGACUAUGGUGGAGAAGUGAUGGCAGAGGUUCUGGCUGAACGGGCGCUGGUGAGGCCGCAGAUCAUUCCCCUGGUCCCUCUCACAAACCAAUACCGACAUCAGGACCACAUGGACCCCAAAGACAAGUCCAAGCCCGAGAAGACGGAAAUUCCCCGGCAGAAGAGGAAGUAUGAGAAGAAGCAGAAGGUGCUGCCUUUGUCAUCAGGCGCCCCCCACCAUCCAGGUCCUGCUGUCUUCAACGCCAAGGACCUGAACCAGUACGAUUUCCCCAGCUCAGAUGACGAGCCCUUCCCUCAGCUGCACUCAGGCUCUUCAGAAGCGGAGGAGGAGAACGACCCAGAUGGUGCCUAUGCUUUCCGCAGGAAGGCAGGCUGCCAGUACUAUGCUGCUCGUCAGGAUCGGGUGGGUAGUUGGCCGUGGUGUGGUCCCUGGGAAGGUGGUUUGGCAGAAGAUCGCUUUCGCUACAGUCUCACCACGCUCACCGUGCCACGCCGAUGCCUGGGCAUGGCUCGGCGGCGCGUGGGACGAGGCGGCAGGGUGUUACUCGACAGGGCACGCACAGACUAUGACGACGUUUUCCAUGGACUGGAUCCGGAAAUGCUCGACCUGCCUCUUCCAGCUUCUCCUCCUCCUUCAGCUACUUCGCGCUCACCGGCCACCGACAAGUUUGCCAGUACCUCAGAAACGAAUACCUCGGACAUAAGUUCCUCUUCUUUCAACUCUUCUGUUCCCCUUUGUCCUCCCUCCUCCACGGACCUCAGUCAGAUACUGUUGAAUAUAAAGUCAUGCCGAUGGAGGCACUUUAGACCACGGACACUACCACUACAUGAGCUGGACAAUGCCCACCCUCUGUUUAGGAGGUUGAGCCGAGGCCUGAAGCGCCCGCUCUCUGCCUCAGCUGGGGGACAGCCCUUCGGAUCCCAACGCCCGGCGAGGGUCGUCCCUGCACCCGCGCCCGUUGUUGCUUUGACAGCUGAACAGUACCAGCAGCAUCAGGAGCAGUUGGCCCUGAUGCACAAAUGCCAGCUGGAACAAGUCCAGCUGCAGCAGCAAGCCAACAGCACUGCCAACAGCACACAGAUCCAGGUGAACAGGUUGGACCAGGCCAGUGCUCAGUUUGCCGCCUCGGCCCUUGUCACCGCCGACCAAAUCUUGGCUCUAAAAUCCAAGGAUGAGCCUCCCCUGGGAAGCGGAGUCAAUGGCAUCGUCCCCUCAGGUGUCUACAAGGGCUUGAACCUCUCGAGCACAGCAUCCCCAUCCCCUGCCGCCCCGGCUCCUCUCACCACUACCCAGGCGUCUGCCUUGCUCCACCCCUGCACCACCACCACCUCCAGCUCCGCUACCGGUAACAACAACGGCACCGCCCACCCUGCCAACGCCACUACCACUAACACCGCCACCACUCAGGUCCUGCUGGGAAACAACAGCCUUCGUCUGGGCGUUCCCACCGGUAAGCGCAUCCACGCCCCCCGGACGCUGAGCACCACCAUGUCGACAUCCGCCUUAAAGCUCGCCCACGCAGCAAACGCCAACUGUCAGAAACCCAAGGUCGCUACGGCCUCGGCGUCUCCGCUGGACAUGGUGCCCAGGUGAGGAGAAUGAGAGAAUCACGAACAAGACAAGCCAGCACUGAACAGUCUAUCAGAGAACACAGUGGCCAUGGAGGUCACGUAGCCUCUGGUCCACAGCUCGGGGGCAGCUUGACUCAUGCUUCAUUUUUAUUUUUUUAUUACCUUUUUUUUUCUUUUUUUUUUUCUUUAGGUGCUAUGCAUCAUUCGUUAGUCAUGAAUGCAAGUGGUGGCUGAAUGAGCAAGGCUGGGUUUCCAUGGCAACAGUUUUGGGACUUAAUUGCAAUGCUCGUCUCAUACAUUUUUUUUUUCUCUCUACCCCGUUUCCCUGUUUGUUACUGUUAAUAAGAGAUCGUCUGUAAAUUCUUAAUAUGGCAAUUAUAUGUACAGUACUGCAUAUUUGUAAACCCACCCCCUUUCCCACCCCCCUCCCAUUCUUGUAUAUAACAUUACUUGAAUACAGAAUUGUUCAUUUGUGAUGUUUUGCACUCAAAAUAUAAAAAAAAAAGAAAAAAAUUAAAAAGAAAACGACAAACUGCAACUGGUGCGAGUAUGAGGAAUGAAAGCUGUACCACAGAAAUGUGUCAUCACGCAUGGUGCCGAACCUGCUGUUAGAUCUAUUUAUUGUGCCGUGUUUACAAAGUCUUGUUUUUUUGUUUGUUUUUUUUAUUUUUUACUACCCCCCCUCCCACCUUUUUUGUUUUUGUUUGUUUCUCUGGUGAUACACACCCUCACGGUUCCCCAUGCUGUAGUCAGUGUUUAGCUAGUCAGUGUUUAGCUAACUCCCCUCGCCCCUUUGUUUUUGUUUUUUUUGUUUGUUUUUUUGUUUUCCGUUCUUUUCAGUGUGUUGAACGUUCAGGCGCAGGGCAGCAGACGGAGACCGGUGUGAAUUUGUUUUUUAGUCGGCAUCAGUUUGUCAGUGGGUUAAUCAGUCUCCACAGAGCUCUUCCAUACAUAUUAUUCCUGAGACAAGUAACAAAACAAUGGGGAUAAAAACUUCCCAGAAGACUUUGCUGCUUCUGACGUACCUAAGCACUAUAGAAUUUCUUGUUUUGUUUUCUUUUUGUUUUGUUUUUUUAAUUGAUGCUGCUUUUUUUUUUGUCCCCACAUCUUUUACAUUUUUUGAAAAAUAUUUUUGUAUGUUUUUUUUUUUUCCCCCACCUAAUUCCCUCAUGAAAUACUUCAUUAUUUUGUUACUUGUUGAUCAAAAUAUAAAAAGAAAAAAAACUAUAAGGGAAUAAAAAUGCAGUAACUGACAUUUAUCAUUCCAGCUUCUAUAUAAAUAAGAAAACAUGUAUGAAUUGAAUAAAAAUUAAAGACCGUUUUCUCUACUUUUAAAAACCUGAAGGCUGAAAGGCCAUGAACCACGUUAUCGGGUGCCUUCAUUUGGGAAAAAAUAAAACAAUAAAAUAAAAAAAAUGCUCUCUUCUGUGAAGAGUUUGGUACUGAACAAGGCUACUUGUAGUUUUUCUUUGUCUGUACCACAGUCCCAAUGCCCAUUCCAGUGGCCCAAUUUGAUUCAUGACUUUUUUUUUUUUUUUUGUAGACCCUUCCACCACACAUGGGAAAAAAUCCUCUUGAAUUGUCACAAAAUGAAAUAAAAAUCCAGGGCAUUA